AACCUGCUUCUUUAUCUGUAGCUCUCACACACUGACACAGAGCCCUGGCUGCAUAGAGAGACGGAAGCUGCUGGAAACAUGGCUGGUGAUUUAAUUUUGCUUGCUGCAGUAUCCCUUCUUUCAGCCUGCCAGCAAAGUUAUUUUGCCUGGCUUGUAGGAAAAUCAAGAAAGCAGUACAAGAUCAUGCCCCCAGAAGUCACUGGAACCCCAGAAUUUGACAGAAUAUUCCGUGCACAACAAAACUGUGUGGAGUUUUAUUCAGUCUUCCUGGUUGCUCUCUGGAUUGCAGGCUGGUUUUUCAAACAAGAAUUGGCUGCCCUUCUGGGUCUGUUGUACGUGUAUACCCGUCACAAAUACUUCCAUGGAUAUGCAGAGUCUGCAAAAGGAAGGAUAACAGGUUUUUAUUGGAGUGUGGUGGUUCUGCUCUCACUGAUGGCCCUGGCUGCAGCUGGGAUUACUAAUAGCUUUCUGGAAGAAUACUUGGACAUCAGCAUAGGAAAGAAAUUACAUAAAUUGCUCUGAAGAUUAUUUAUGGUAAUAAUCAGAUUCUCGACUGGAUAAACUCCAGUACAAAUCCAAAGGCUGACCACUCACUCACAAGGAAGGAAUUGGAUUAUUGCUGAGGGCAAAUUAAAUUGCUACCAUCAUAAUACAAGCUUAAAUACACUUAAUAUAAAAUGAUGGCCAGAUCCCAGGAGAUACCGAGCACCCUCAACUACAAUGAAUCUGAUUUUUAAAUUUUUUUUUUCCCAAUUUUUUCCCACUCAAAGGAGGCAAAAGCACUAUACCUCAUUGAGUGCUAAGUUUAUAGUGCCAAAUAUCACAUUUCGAAACUCAGCUGAUUUCACUGUAGCCCUUUUCGAAGAGUGAUUUAAAAAAAAAAUUGUUUUUUGACAGUGGGAACACUGUAUCUUUUUUACUUUCCCAUAACUCAAAUAGGACUGAAGCAAUUUUGCUCAAACUUUUAAUUCAAAUAAAAUUAAAAGAAAACCUUCAAGCAAGCCCAAACCUGGAAAAAAAUUAAGACUUAAAAAUGAUUUCUCUGGGAAGUGUGAAAAUGACUUAUAAUGCAAACAUUUUUGCAAUGUUAAUAAUAGCUGUUGUUACUGGUGAUCAUGACAGCAUAUCACAAAAUGAAUGGUUCACUCUUGCAAUCAAUAAACCCCAACAAAGUUUGCCCCUUUCUUCUUACUGACUGUUACUUUAUAGCUAGCCAACCGAAUAAAAUAACUCUCAUGCCCAUUUUAAACUCGAUCCCUCUUCUUCCUUUGAAGCCCCAAAGAUAAUAUUGAUAAUAUCUGGAUAUCAUGGUAGAAUGAAUGCGAGGUGCCAUGAGUGAGAGUCCUAUAAAUCAGUCUUUUCUUUGAUUCAGAUAAUCUUUUAUUUGUUUUUUUGUUUUUUCUUUAAAAGUGGUAUGUUAACAUCAGGUCAUUUCUACAUUUUCAGAGCUCUGUACAGGUCUCAAAAGGAAAUAAGCAAUGCUUAAUGUACAAAGUAAAAACAGAACACUAGAAAAAUCUGAAUAAAAUGGAGCAAGUUGCUGUCAGGGAUACAGUACAAAUUAGUAAUUAGAUGUCAUCUGAAGUGCAAUACCACUGCAGUGAGAAUGAGUUAAGGAAUGAAAUAAAAAUACUCUAUUUUAAACAAACAGUAUAUAUAUAUUUAUAUGUAUAUAUUUUACAGAUAGUAGACCCAGUUAUAUCUGCAGAAUUGUAAAAACCUAUUUACAAAUAACCUUUUUUUUUUUAAACAUUACAUAUACAUCAGCACCAUAGUAAGAAAAAAACCAAACCUAUUAAAAUCUACCUCUUUAUUACUUGGUCCCAGUACGGAGUAUUUGGAGGAAGCUUUACAAAGACAACAGCGACUCAGUCCUCAUCAGCAAAUUUCCUGUCACCAUAUAUGCGCUAAUUCCUGUACCCUUCCAAUAAAAAUGAAUUUCCAUUAUGUCA